AAGUAUAUUCCAUCGAUUUUUUUCUGCUAAGACACUCAGAAGAUGAAGCUAGCUAAGUCGAGUUUUUAAUUAGUUACGGGAGGACGGAGGGAUACAGUGAAGGGUCUGAGUGACUUAUAAAUGAACACCAGUUAGUAUAAAUAAGUUUUUUAGGAGGGACUUAUUAUUCAAAUCAUCAGUUGAUCUACAAAGGAAUACGUGAGUAUUUUUUUCAGCGUAGUUAUCUUACUCAUACUUUUAUUAUUUGAUAUGUCAACAGAAGGUACACAUGAUUUGGAUGAAUAUGAUUUGUCGAAACAUUUUGAAGAAUGUAUUACAUUUAUUAAAGAGGCAAGAGAAAACAAUAAAAUUAUACUUGUCCAUUGUUCUGCUGGUGUUAGCCGAUCUCCAACGAUAAUUGCUGCAUAUUUAAUAAAAGAAUUCAGAUGGAGUACAGAAAAAGCAUUGAUUUAUAUUUAUAAAAAAAGAAAUUGUAUAACACCAAAUAAAGGUUUUAUGAAACUGUUAUUUCAAUAUCAAUAUGCAUUGGGAAUUCCAAAUGAAGAAAUGUUGCAUUAA